GUGUAAUUUAUGUUUGUUUACUAUUUUUGGGAAUAGAAAAAAAGUUUGGAGAAUAAAAGUUUUAUUAUUUAUAUAGUGAAAGAAAUUUACAUAAUUUAAAUGACAACUCUUAGUUUUGUGAUUGUUUGAAAGUGAUUGAGCAUGGGUACCAAAAUUUUGGAUGAUAUUCGCAAUGACUUAAAAUUACUAAUUAAACAAAUAACCGAUUUGGAAGAAGAUGAAGAAGGAUUUGCUUUAUGCGAGCGUUUUGCUCUUUCACAAAUAAAACAUCACCGCUUCUUGUCAGUUAAUAGUCAUGCGACAAAAAAGGAGAUAUCAGAGUUAGUGGAAAAAUUUCAAAUUCAUGGUAAUUAUGAAGUAGCAAAAAAGUUCCAAGAGUUGAUUGAUUCAUUUUUAAAUAAUUUCGAUUUUGAAAGACAUCCACAAUAUGAUAUACAAUGGUCUUUACUGAACCUCCUAUUAAACCUGUCAACUGAAACCAGUAACUCUGAUUUGCAAAGUUUGGAACAAAUUGCAAAUGUUCCAUCCGAUGAAAAUAAGCCGGAGGAUAUUGAUUGGGCCCAAUAUUUAAAAGAAGGUGAAGAAGCAUUUUUCUCAAAAUAUCAAAGUAGUAGCAGUGACUCCGAUUGGACCGAUGAUGAGGAUGUUGAAUGUAUUGAUUUAACGGAAAACGAUCAGUUACAAAUUUGCUCAAGUGGUAAAGACUUAUUUUUACCCAUAAUCGAGAAAGAAUCUAAAAAUAAAAUAGAAAAAUUAUCGGCAUGCAUAUCUGACAAGUUGCACUCGGAAAAUUGGUUAGAGAGGAAAAUUCAACAUUCUUGGUGGAACGAACUUAAUCAACAUCAACUUGAAACUAAUAGUAAAGUUGCAAGUGCACGAUUCUUUCAAUUUUCGAAAGAAAAUGGUUCGAAAAAUCAAUUUAUAGGUACAUUAAGUGAAUAUCAGACUUGUAGAGAAUUACUAUGGAUGUUUCACGUACAAAAGCCAAUGGCUAUUUUUCAAAGUAAAUCAUUGGAUUUUUCUAUUCGUGACAAUAUGUCGGUGCCGAGUCUAACUGCAGCAGCUUUUAAAAAUUAUUUACAAACAUAUUGUCAUUAUUUUACGAUGAUUCAUGAAUUGCAAGAGUUUAAUCGGAAAUUAUACGCGCAAAGUCAGCUACUAGAUGAAGCAGAAAAACCGCCUUUGACUUAUGAAGCCUACAAUAAUGCUGUUCAACUAUACGUACUUCAGAUUAAAGAAGAAAUAAUUGAAUUGGAGCGAAAAUUAAUUAUUCAAGAAAGUUUUAAUACAUUUCUUACAAUGUCCGAAGACUUAAGGAAACAUUUGAACUUGAUCAAAAUCCUGUACGAGAUUCAUAAGUCUGCUACAGAAGACUGGGAGACUUGUUCAAAUUGGCUUCGCGCUUCGAAGCUCUUAUCAACUUUGUAUUAUGAAAUGCAAAGGUCGAGUAGCCAUGAAAGAACACAUAUUUGCGCCAAUUUAUAUUUGUCCAGUAUUGUUGCUUAUUUGAACAUUGUUGACGCUUGGCUGAGCGAGGGUCGCCUCGAAGAUUGGAGAAAUGAAUUUAUAAUUGUUAGAGAAGGGGAUAGAAAAUCACAAGAAGAAGAACAAUUAUAUAAGAAAUUUAAAGUCAGAAAACUCAAUGAAGAAUGCCUAAGGGAUCCUAUAAUGCAACUGUUUUUAAAAAAGGUUUGUCAGAUGGGUCGUAACAUAGAGUUACUUGUUACUUUGGAUCGCAUUUCUGACAUGUGGCACUCCAUAAAUCAUCAAGAUGCUGAGCCAAUUUCAUUAAACGCUGAAUUUCGCAAGGAAGUGGUAUCGGAAAUGUUGAAGUAUUCUGUCAAUUUAACAAGCGAUAGAACAGAUGCAGUCUUAAGCAGACAAAUAAUUUUCCCACAUCAAGAUCUAAUUAACGAUGGAUUUUUGUGUCAGCCUUUAAUAUCAGAUAAUCCAUUUUACAUGAAAGCGUUCGAAAAAUAUUUACCAAUAAGUGGAAGGGAUAAUUACGUCUGUGAUGAAACUGACUACAAACUUAAUGAGAAGAAGAAGACUGAACCAUCGCUGUUUCUAUUUAAACUUGAAUCGAAAUCAUUUCUACCAUUGAGGAAAAUUUUCGAAAUUGCUUUAUCGAAAAUUCUUAAUCUUCGUCAUGUUGGUGUUAAUAAAUUGGUGAAACAAAUAAUGAUCAAAGAAUAUAAGCUGGAGGAGAAUUUAAGAUUGAUGAGAAGUAUUUUUAUGAUGGAAAAAGGUCAUGUGAUGAAUAAGUUUUGUAACCAGAUGUUCAAUGAGAUUGAAUCAAAUAUCAACUGGAAUAAUUCUCACUUUCUGUCAGUAAUAUUGGAAGAAGUGAUUUCUGAAGAAUGGCCAGAAUUAAGUUCUCGUUGGUCGAUUACUGUUGACAAUGUCAGAACGCAUCAGGUGUUGAAUGCUGUGAACGGAAUAACUCUAAAUUAUUCAGUAGGCUGGCCAGUUAAUUUGCUACUUAAUGAAGAAACAAUCAAUAAAUACAACAUUAUUUUCCGAUUUGUUUUGAAAUUGAAAUGGGUCGUUUGGACUUUGAAUAGUUUGAAAUUUUCAGAUCUCGAAGGAUCAAAAUCAGAAUCACCGAUUGAUGAAGUAAAACACUUUCAAAUGAGAAGGCUCGAGUGUUUAAGAUUUUGGUUACUACAUGCCAUUGGAGCGAUUCAUAUUUACUUGUCCGGUCAAGUGCUUCAGAGUUUGGGAAAUGCUUUGGAUAUUGAAUUGACCCAGGCUGAUAAUUUUUAUUCAAUCAUCAAAAUUCACAAAGAAUAUUUAAACAAAGUACUCGAGAAUAGCCUGCAAACUUCUCAAUUUGAAGAUUUAAUGUCGACAAUCAAUCAGUUACUGGAGAUGUGUAUAAGUAUUCGAGACACGUGGAAAAGAGGAUAUCAUUAUCUGGAAGGGAAGAAAUUGGAUUUACUAGAAAGUACUUACAUCAAAUAUCAUACAUGCUUGGCGUCUGCUUUACGUAAUGCAGUUCAGCAUCACAAUUUUGCCUACUUGUCUGGUUUGACUUCUGCUUUUAACUACAGUAUGCCGACAACGUAAUUUCAUCAAAUUAAUUUUUGUUAUUGUUAUAAAAUGUAUAUAUACGUGAAUAAAUCAGUAUUGUUUAUUA